CUCACUUUAGCAACAAGGUGUCAAAUUUCGCUCGUUUCGCGAGUCGUUCCGAAAGGCGUUCGCCGGACUUCGCUUACUCUCGCGUGAGAGGGGCUCCAUUGGCGGAGUGGCAGCACCAGCUGCUGACAUGGCAUGCGGGGCAGGCAGGCGGCGGGAGGGACGCACUGAGGGAGCAGAGGGCGGGGAGCGAGGAGGAAUGGCCUGGGGAGGAGGGGAGUGGCAGCGAUGCAAGUGGUGGAGAUGGCAGCCGUAGUAUGGGGGAGGUGGUGGGGCAAGCAGGUGCAGUGGGGGGGAACGGGAGGGAAGGCAAGGAGGAGGAGAGCGGGCGUGAAAGGGCGGGGACGCAUGAAAGGAGGUCAACGGGUGCUGGUGGAGGGGGGGCAGAAGGGGGAGCGUUGCACGUGGGGAGGGGCGGAGGUGCUUUCCACGGCAGACAGGCGGACUCUCACGCAGGAUGGGGUGGGGGCGACUCACAUUUAGGGUGGGGUGGGCCCGACUUACUUUCAGGGUCGGGUGGGGCGGACAAGGGUGACUCUCUGCUCGCUGACUUCCUCCCUGUUCUCGACCCGCUUCGCCUGCCAUCUCUCUUCCAAUCAGCUGCUGCCACCUCAGCCUCUUCGGAGACCUCUGCUCCACCGGGCCUGCAUGCCACGUCAGCAGCAGGGCAGGAGGACGUGGUGAGAGCUGGAGGGUUCCAGUUUUCAGCGCGCACAACUGAUGCGGACGCAGGCAGGGCAGGGGGAGGCGCAGAGGAGGGCAGAGCGGGGGAGAGCAGAGCUGGCGAGCAGCAAGGGGCGGGCCGGGGGAGACAGCUGAAGCAACAGCGCAGCGAGCAGGUGGCGCAGGGCGGAGGGCGAGACAAGAGAAGCAAGGCAGCAGAGGGAGGGGGAGGUGGAGGUGGAGGGGGAGGGAGCGAGGCAGCACAGGGGGGCCCGAUCACGGAGGGCGGGAUGAGUCUGACAGAGCUGUCGUCCGCAGUGCUGUCGGGGUCGCUGCUGUCUGAAGCCCCUCUCGGCUCCCCCGUGCUCCUCCGCGUUGCCUUCUCCUCCGGCCCCAAGGCAGGCCUCCACGCCGUGCAGCAGCCACCGCAGCAGCAGCAGCAGCUUCAGAAGGGGGAGGCGGGAGCAGCAUCAGCAGCACCUGGGGGUGUGUCGUCGCCCUUCUUCCGCCUGUCAUCACAGGUGGACCUGUCACAGUCACGCGUGCAGCUGUUCGGUCCCAUGCCGCACUCGCGCCGCCGCACCUUCCCCCUUGCCGUCACCCACGCCACUGAUGCUGCGGGCGGGGAGGUUCUCACUGCCAACUUCACAGUCAAGCUGCCAGGAGCGUACAGUGUGAUGGUGGUGGUGGCGGACACACAGGGCAACCGCCUCAAGUUCAAGGCGCCCAACUUCUUCCGCUCCGCCAUCCCCCUCCCCGCCGCCCUCCUCCCCGCCGCCUCCACGCCGCUCUCCCCCAUCAUGGCGGCCGCACCUGCAGCGGUGGCGGGGCAGCAGGCGCAGAUGGCGUUUGCUCUCGUCAGCUCGGACGGCACGCAGAUCCCUGCCACCGACGCUGAUGUGAUUGUUGCCAGUGUGACAAAAGUGAACGGUGCCGCUGGUACCAGCAGCAGCAACAGCAGCAGCAGCAGCAGCGGUGACAGCGGCGGUGGUGGGGAGGGCAGUGAGUGGGGGGAGGGGCCAUCGGGGGUGGGAGUGGAGGUGGAUGGGGCCUCAGGGCUCAUCGUCCUGCGCUUCACCCCACCCUCUCACGGCGACUACUCCCCCACCCUCUCCCUCAUCCGCGCCCAGCAGACCAUCAAUCUCCAAAACCCUCCACCCUCACCCGCCUCCUCUCCCUCCUCCGCUUCCUCUGCUGCCUCGUCCGCGCCCUCCUCUCCCUCCUCCUCCUCCUCCUCCUCCUCCUCCUCCUCCUCCUCCUCCUCCUCCUCCUCCUCCUCCUCCUCCUCCUCCUCCUCCUCCUCCUCCGUGCUCCUACAAGUAGCGCCAGGCGAGCCCAGUGGGGACGCCUCAGGGCCACUGCUGGUGGCGGCGCAGGAGGUGGCGGUGGGGCAGACGGGGCGCCUCACAGUGUACGUGCGCGACGCCAUGGGCUCCGACCUGCCCGCCGAGCCCCUCCUCUCGCUCUUCUCCGCGUCCUUCUCAGUCGCCUCUAACUUCUCCCAGCAGCAGCUCACCUACCCCGCUACCCUCACCCUCUCUGCCUCCCCCUCCUCGCCCACCUCGCCCUCCAAUUCCUCCUCCCUGGACGUCACAUUCGAUACAGGCACACUCGCAGGGGUGGCGUCUCUCUCGGUGCUUCUCUCAGGCCGGCACAUCCGAGGAAGCCCGUUCCCCUUCACAGUGCUCCCCGGCCCUCUGCACCCGCCUUCCUCGCUGCUAUACGGGCCAGGGGCGCAUGGAGCAGUGCCGAAGUUCCCAGCGUUUCUGCAGCUGCAGCUGAGGGACGCGUGGGGCAACGUGCUGCUGGCAGGGGGCGCAGGGCAGGACGUGCAGGUGGGAGUGGUGCCCGCAGCACAAGGGGCCGCAGCAGCAGCAGCGCUGGUGGGUGCAGGGGGGAACGGAGCGGUGCAGAGGGGUAUGCCGGCGGUGGCAGAGGGUACGGCAGUGAGUGUGGUGGACAGCGGCAACGGCUGCUACUCCAUCUCCUAUCGCGUCACCAAGCCCGGGGCCUAUGCUAUCCUUGUGACUGUGGGCGAUGUGCUUCUGCAGAACGUGACUGUGGCAGCAACCCCAGCAGUGGACGUCAGUGCAGGCAGCGCUGCCGCCCAGCCCACGUGUGUGGUAACCGCAUCGCCCGCCUCCGGCCCCAUGCAGCAGCUGCUCGCGUUCGCGCCACCUCUCGUCCAAUCAGGCGCCGCCAUGUGGCUGCGCAUCGUGGCAGUGGAUGCAGCAGGCAUGGCAGCUGUAUCCGACCCUGCUGUGCUCUCCGCCAAUCUCUCCCUCACACUGCUCUCCACACAGGGGCAAGUGGCUGACAUCACUGCCACACCCGUCGUUCCCUCCUUUGGGGGCAAGCCCAUCCCCGCGCUGUGGCAAGCGCAGGUUACAGUUCCGGUGGCCGGCAGCUUUGUCCUGAUCUGCACGGAGUGCCUGGGGCGGGCGAGCAGCAUGGUGGUGAAGUCAGGCCUGCCGCUGCAGCUGCUGCAGGGCGAUGCAGUUGGGGGGGACAAUGCUUCCUCCUCUGCUGCCCCCUCUGCAGCUCCCUCUGCCCUCUCUGCCAGUGCUGCAUCAGCUGCAGAGCCAAGCAAUGGGUUGGAUGAGAUCACUCUUGCUGCUCACACGCACUUGCACAAGCACAGAGCACCCGCUGUCACUGCCAGUGCUGACAGCACAGAGGCUGACAGCACUGAGGCAACGGAUGGCUCGUCGGUGUCGGCUCACGAUGCUCUCUUUCCCUCCCUCCCUUCCACCCAAUCCAUUGUCGCCCCGCCAUCUCCAGCAACCUUUUGCAGCAGCAGCAGCAGCAGCGAUGCCUCCUCUGCACUGCAUGGCCGCACCCUGCAGACUGCUGUUGACACUGCCAGUGCCAGCACCAGCAGCAGCAGCAGCAUCAAGGGUGCAGUGGCAGGGGUACAGGACACAAGCUACGGGCUCAUAUCCGGCACACAGGGCUCCUUCUCUCUCACCGUCCUCCCCGGCCCCACCACCGCCGCCCGCUGCUCCUUCGCCCUUGCCCCAGCCCCCGCCUUCGGCCGCGUUGUCGUGGUGGGCGGCGCCGUUCGUCUGCCUCUGCACGCCAGCGACAGCAGCGGUAACCAGCAGAGUUACAGCCUCAGCCGCUACCCGCCCUCAGCAGAUGCUUUCUCAGUUGUCGCCUCCCCUGCACCCGCCUGCCAGCCCCCCAAGGGGCAGGCUGUACCUGUUGCAGGGGACGUGGCGUUCGGAAGGCUACAGGCAGGGAGCUUCGAUGCUGAACUCAACUUCACCCGGGCAGGCGAGUAUACAGUGCAGGGUUACCUGGGGGAGGUGGCAUUUGGGGCGAAGGCGGAGAAGUUCAUGGUGCUGCCGGGGGAGGUGGACCCGGGGGAGAGCUAUGUGGACGGGGGGGAUGUGAGGGAGGCGGAGGCGGGCAGUGUGGUGGCUAUGAGGCUGGUGCUGCGCGAUGCGCUGGGCAACACCGCCAUCCCCUACCACCUCCUGCUGCCCAACUCCUCCCUCUCCGCCCAACCCCCUGCCUCUGCCGCUGCUGCCGCCUCCUCCUCCUCGUCUGACCCUGCCUCUGCCUCUGCCUCUGCCUCUGCCGCUGCCGCUGCUGCCCCACCAGCGGCAGUGAAGGCUCCAUGCUCCGUGGUGCUGAGGCUGGUGAACCUCACCCACCGCGCCUCCUGGUGGGGGGGGCUGUGGACGCAGGGCGAGGCGGAUGCGGGCGGGGGUGGUGGGGAGAGAGGGGGGAGUGCGGACGGGCAGGAGGAGGCAGGCACUGUGGUGAUGGCGGCUGUGGGGGGUGGGAAGCGAGUGAAGCCGACACAGGAGGGGGGGCAGGAGGGGGGGGAGCAGGUGGAAGAAGCGGGGGGGAUAGAGCCCGAAGGGGUGAAGUGCAUGUGGAGUGCUGCAUGCUUGCUGCCGCUGUGCCAGGCGCUCACUGCCUCCGAAUACGGCAACUUCAGUGUGACGGUGCUGCUGGAAGGUUCCAGGAAGAAGCUGGUGUUCCCGGUGCCGCUGCUGCAGGUGGUGCCAGGUGCGCCCUCUGCAGAGCGCAGCACGGUGCAGCUCAACAGCAACUCCGCUGCUGCUGGCUCGCCCCCCAACGUCACGGUGGUGGCCAGAGACGCCCUGGGGAAUGAGAUCCGUGACUUUGACCCCUCCUCGCUGCUCUAUGCCAUCCUUCCCUCCAAUUCGCCCCCGGCUCCCCCCCCUCCUUCACCGCCCCCCUCCCCGUCGCCCUCGCCGUCCCCUUCGCCCCCGUCCUCCCCCGCACCCUCCGCGGCUCCCUCAGCCCCGCCCCCGCCCGCCUCACCUGCCGCCAGCAACAGCACAGCGGGCAACGGCAGCAGCACUGCCUCGACGGCUGAGCCUGUGCAGGUCUACCUCGCAGGCCAGCCUGUCCCAGGUGCCACCUUCCCCCUCACCGUUCUCCCAGCGCCGCCCGCCGCCGCCCUGUCGUACGCGUUCGGGCCGGGGCUGGAGCGCACAGUGGCAGGUGCGCCCUCGACGUUCACGCUGCAGACACGCACGGCACAGGGGCUGUACCCGGGGCAGACCACGGCCCAAGGGGGGGGCGCGCAGGGCAGGUGGACGCAUCUGGCACAGGGCGGGGAGGGCAACAACAGCAGCAGCAGUGGAAGCACGAGCGGCGGUGGCGGGAGCGCCAGUGCGUGGGGCAGCAGCGCGACGUUCAUGGACGGGGCGGUGGCGGUGGUGGUGACGGUGUUCGCGCGACGCAACGUGACCCGCCAGGCCGAGGUGCGGUCGGUGGUAGCCCUGGGGGGCGGUGCGUACCGCAUCACAUAUACCACGUACGAGCCGCCCCACGGGGGGUUUUACCGCGUGCGAGUGCAGCUGCAUGUGGACGGCAGCGGCGAGGCCCCCGCGGACGUCAUGGACGGGCCCUUCUUCGUGCCCUUCUUCCGCGGCUCCGCUGCUGCUGCCCUCUCCACUGUCAACGCCUCUCUGCACUCGGUGCUCUCCCAGCCGGUGAAUCAGCCGCUGGUGCUGCUGGUGACCACAGCAGAUCAGUUUGGCAACGUGGGUCCGUACAGCCCUCUCAUGGACACCCUCCCUCUCGUCUUCACCGCCACUCCUGCCCGCUCCUCGUCCUCCUCGCCCCCGGCUUCGAAUGCUCCUCCUGCUGCCCCGCCCAGCACGGCUCUGCGCGACCUGUACAACGGGUCGUGUGUGGCGGUGUUCUCUGCCGCCCAGCCCGGGCGGUACCAGCUGUCCAUCAAGAUCGCGGGGUACUUUGUGGGCGGCGCCAACGGGCCCAUUGAGGUCGACGUCACUGACGCUGCUGCCAACGCCACUGCCCAACCAGCAGCAUUAACUGCAGUGGCAACAGCAGCAGCAGCAGCAGCUGUGGCAGAUGCAGCACCAGUAGCAGCGGCAGCAGCACCAACAGCACCGGCACCAUCAGCAGCCAGUGAUUCUGACGAGGACAACACAGCAGCCCCAGCAGCAGCAGCAGCAGCAGCAGCAGCAGCAGCAGCGCUGCCGCGGAAUCUACCCGGGGUGGAUGCGUUGCUACGAGAAGCAGAGAGCAGUGCAGCAGCAGCAGGCACAGACGCCUGGCAGGUGACCGCCUCCCAGUGGCGCGUCAAAGGUCUCGCAGGCGGCGGCUCCUCCCUCUUCGCCCUCACCCCCACCGACUUCCUCCUUGUCCCCGACGCCAACUCUGAUGGCCUCAGUGACGCCCGCGCCGCCUCCAAAUCCCCUCGCUCCGCCCCCCUCUCCUGGGACGUGCUUGUCCAGCCAGUCCUCCCCCCCCCCUCCCCCUCCACCCCGGAUCCCUCCCGCCCCGCCUCGCGCCCGUCCACAGUGCAGCCUCUGUACGAUGGCACCUGCCUCAUCACCUUCACCCCUCCGGGCCCCGGCCCGUUCCUGCUCUCCAUCCGCCUCUUCUCCGAGCACGUGCCCGGCUCGCCCUUCCUCCUCUCCUCUGUCCCCGGCCCUGUAGCGCCGGAGCGCUGCGAUGUGUGGGGGUCGGGGCUGGGGCCGACCGUGACAGCAGGGGAGGCGGUGGUAGUGAAGGUGCGGGCGAGGGACCAGCAGGGGGUGGUGCGGAGGGUGCGAGGGGACCUGUUCACGCUGCAGAUCUUUGGAGGGGGCGGGGGGGGCGGAGGGGGAGGGGGGGACGCAGGGCUCUACUCCAGCUCGCUGCUGCAGCCGGCGGCCACAGGAGGCGCGCAGGAGCAGGGGGUGUACGAGGGGGGGUAUACAGCCAUGCAGGCAGGGCGGGUGGCGGUGUGGGUGGUGUUUCACAACACUAUUGUUGCCACUGCUGCUGUCACUGUCCUGCCCGGCCCGCCUGCUGCUAACACGUCUGCGGUGCUGGUGCCGGCAGGAGGGGUGAGGGUGCGGGCGGGGGGAAGAGCCGAAGUGCUGGUGGCGCUGCGAGACGGGCUUGGGAACGUGGCUUCCUUUGAUCCCACUGGUGCCGCCAACACCGCCGCCAACACCGCUGCUGCUUCCUCGCAGCUCUCUGUGAAACUCCUCUCCUCGCCUCUCCCCGCCUCCUCCCCUGCCCCCACCUUCGCAGCCACGACCAUCAACCCAUCCCUCAUCGCCCUUUCCGCCCCGCUCACCAUCGCCGGCUCGUACCAGCUGCAAGUGCUGCUCAACGGCUCGCCCCUCCCCUCCCCGCCUCUCGCCCUCCAAGUCGUCCCAGCCGCCCCGGCCGCCUUCUCCCUCUCUGGGUUUCCACCUGGUGCUUCCUUCCCCGUGGCCCGCCCAGUGGUUGUCCACGUGGCGCUGCGUGAUUGGUUUGGGAACGUGGUGGGGCACGGGGCGGGGGAGGAGGGGCGGGUGGGCGGGUCGGUGACGGUGUCGCAUGUGGAUGAGGCGACGGGAGGGGUGGUGGGGGAGACGUAUAUGCUGAACGUGACAGCAGUGAAUGUGACUGUAGCGGAGAUGAGUGGGACGGAAUGGGAGGGCACUGUAGCCACCACUGCCUCUGCUGCGGACUCCACUACCACCACAGCUGCCACAGCGGGCCGCAACAGCAAGCCAGCCGCCACACCCGCCCCUUCUCCCUCUCCCGCCUCCCCUUCCUCCUCCCCCGCCUCCGCCGCCCCAAUCCCUGCGUGGCAGCUUUCCUUCACACCACAGACCCCCGGGCAAGCCUCUCUCCAGCUCAUGGUGGGUCCCCCCAACGCCGCCCUGCCCCUCUCCGACCCGGCCUCCUCCCUCCCCCUGCAGGCCACCAUCCUCCCGCGCCCCGUCAGCCUCGCACACUCCACUCUGUACGGCGCAGGGGUGCAGCAGGGAGGGGGGGUGCGGGCGGGCACAGUGGUGGAGAUGGGCAUGUGUGUGAGGGACGCGCAGGGCUUCCCUCUCCUCACUCACUCCGCCAAGCUGCUCAAGGUCUCGGUGACUCUCGCCUUUGUUGCUCUCCCUGCGCCCACGCCCGGCGCCUUCCUGCCCGUGCCUCCAGCCUCGGCCGUGCCUCGCGCCCGAAUGGGGUACGGCGGGGGGUGCAUCUUCCGAGGCUCGUUCAAUCCCCCCAAUAACACAGCCACGGGAGCGCCAUCGGCAGCGGCAGCGGCAGCAGCAGCUCCGUACGGGCUGUCAGUAUCGGUGCUUGUCAACAGCCGCCCGGUCCGAUUCCAGUCCACCAACAUCACUGUUCACCCCGCCCUGCCGCCCAACGCGCCACUCCCGGCCAAUCUCACGGUGACAGCUGUCACGGCGGACGGGGUCCCCAUUCCGAACGGCUACCAGCUCCGUGGCGGCGCGGCUGGUUCGGAAACCAAGUUCGGCGUGCGGUUCACCGAUGGUAGCGGCAUGGCAGUGCUGGUUGAGGAUGACUCUGCCCUGGUGCUCAAACUCACACCCUCUUUUGAUGCCCUCGACCCCGACCCCACUCUCCUCUUCGGCCCUGCUGCUGCUGCUGCUGCUGCUGCUGCAGGCGCGCAGGCGGGUGGGGCGGAGGGGGGCAAGGACAGUGUGAGUGUGAGUGUGAGCAAGGGAGGGUACGUGACGGUGACGGUGGUGGCGGCAGCGGCGCAUGUGGCGUGGCGCAACGUGCAUUACUCCACGCCGGACGGCUCGUCUGCUGGCUGGUUCCAGCUGCUGCUCGCGCCAGGGCCGGCUGUGGCAGUGAGGGUGGACGCGGCAGCGCUGCAGGCGUGUGGGAGGGGGGCGUGCAUGGUAGGGCGGCGCACAGCCUUCAGCAUGGCGGUGCUGGACGCCUCUGGUGCCCCGCGCACCUUCAACCGCCUCACCGGGGAGGGUGACUCGCUCACUGUGCUGCUCACCCGCCCUGCCAGCAAACAGCCUGUCUUUACUUCCGCUGCCACUGUCAACUCCAAGGGGAACUAUCUGGGAAGCUUCCUGCUGUACGAGCCAGGCAACUUCACGCUCUCAGUGCUUCUGAACAACCAGACGGCCUUCAGCACCCCCAUCCACAUCCUGCCAGGCCCCUUCUCCCCCUCGCUAUCGCGCCUGCACGACCUGUCAGCCACAGCGGUGGCGGGCCAGCCCUACAGCUUCAACGUCACGCUCACCGACGCCUUCUCCAACCCCUACCUGCUGCCGGGCCUGCCCCUCCUGCUGCACACGCGCUCGCCCUCCUCAGAGGCCCACCACGGGGUGCUACUCUCCUCGCCCUCCACGCCCACCGUCACCGCCACCAUCACUGUCUUUGAGUCGGGUCCGGCUCACCUCUCCGUUACCCACCUGCCCUCGGGGGCGCACCUCUGGGGGUCGCCCUUUUCUUUUACUGUGCUGCCCGGCCCGGUUUCUCCUGCUGCGUGCUCGCUGCUGGGCCUGGUGAACGGUACGCUGGUGGGCAGCAAUCAAACUUUUCUGGUGGUUGCCCGGGAUUUGUAUACGAACCCAAUAGAGUACCCCACAGCAGGCGAGUCAGGGCUGACCUUGAAUGUCACAUUCGUCCCUGCCCCAUCCUCCUCUUCCUCCUCUGCUGCUGCCAGUGGCAGCAGCGCAACAACAGCAAGGGAAGCAGCAACAGCAUCAGCAAUGCAGCCCACACAGAUUGACUCAUCUCUCAAGAAUCCCAGUCUGCCAGCUGGCGGCCUCGUUUUCACCUUCCCCACGGCAGCAGCAGGGACGUACACAGUGUCAACCAAAGUGGGCCCUACCCACGUCAUGGGCAGCCCUGCUGACGUGGUAGUGUUACCGCCUGCGCCGUCAGCUAGUGUGCUGGCUUCCUUCGACUGCUCCCAGCGCGCCCUCUCUGUUGCCUUCUCUCCCACUCCCACCCUCUCCUCGCCCUCCACUGCUAGCGCUGGAGCACCACCAGCAGGAGGGGCAGCAGGAGGGGCAGCAGGGGAUGCAGCAGGGGGGGCAGGAGGGGGGAUGGGGGGAGGAGGAGUGGGGCAGCAGGAGUGCGCGGAGCUGCUGGAUGGGGAGAGCCUGGCGCGGGUGGGCAGUGGCGCGCAGUGCGUGUGGCAGGACUCGUCCCGCCUGCUGGUCUACCUGGGCUUCAACUCCUCCCUGCGCCCCUUCACCUCCCUCACCGCCGCCACCGCCCCCAACGCCACCCUCUCCUUCCUCCCAACCCUCUCCCCCUCCUCCUCCUCCCCUUCCUCCUCCCCUGCCUCCUCCUCCUCCGCCCUCGCCGUGGGCGUCGGCCCGCCAGGCGGCGCAUCAGGUGCGCGAACCCCGCAGGAGGUGCAGGAAGCGGUGCAGGCGGGGGCGGUGGUGGUGGCGGCACUGGACGCGCCGGGCACGGUGGGGCUGUGCGACGCGCUGGUGCUGGACGCGUCGGGGUCGCGGUCGCUGUACGGGGCGGCGCUGGCCUUCUCCUGGCGCGUGUUCUCCGAUGCCGAGUCGCUCUCGCUGGACCUCCUCGUGUCGUCGCAGGGCGCUGACGCCACCACACUCACCAUCCCGCCCAAAACGUUGACUCCUGGAGCGGCAUACGAGUUCGCAGUAUUCGUGACGGACCCCAACGGCAGGGCAGCCAACGCAUCACUGCUCGUCACCCAGUCCGCCACAGCCGCCCCCCUGCUGCGCAUCCUCGCCCCCGCCUCCCCCUCCGCCCUGCGCCUGCUCUCCGCCCGGCCCGGCGACUCCCUCACCAUCUCCUCCCUCGCCUCCCUGCCCGACUCCUCCUGCCUCCCGCCCUCCCCCUCCUCCUCCACUGCCUCUCCUACCCCACCAGCAGCAUCGGCAACAGCAACAGCAGCCGCAGUGAUACCAGCAUCGGCAGCGGUCUCAGCAGCAGCAGCAGCAGCAGCAGCGUCCCCUCUCCCCACGCCAACAGCCACAGCCCCCCCUGCCCUGCUCGCCCUCUCCAACGCGCCCCCCGCCCUCACCUUCGCCUGGUCGCUCAUUGCCGGCCCGCCUCUCAACUUCUCCCUGCCCGCCCUCGCCCGCUCGCGCCACUCCCCCGCCCUCACCAUCCCCCCAGGCACCCUCCAGCCGGGCGCAACCUAUGUCCUAUCACUGGAGGCCACGUCAGCAGCAGAUCCAGCCGUAAAAGCAACUGACAGAGUGGCAGUGAGGGUGAGCGCGUCGCCUCUGAGAGUGGCCAUAUCGGGCGGAGACAGGGUGGUGUCGGUGGGGGAGCAACUGCUGCUGCAGGCGGUGGUGGUGGAUGCAGACGAGGCGAGGGACAGUGGGGGGAAGCCGCUGCCCAUUCAGUACACGUGGGGCUGUGAGCUGCUCUCAGAAGACCAGGCUCGCCUUCCUCCCACGGCUCAAGCUCAAGCCUUGUCCACGCCUACCAGCACCACCAGCAGCAGCAGCAGUGUGGCGGGCGGUAGUGCGGGUGCGGCAGCCUGUUUCCCCAGCGCCACAGCCGUGCUAGCCCAGAGCACCUCGUCUCUCACCGUCCCCGCCAACGCCCUCCCCCCUGGCUCCUACCGCUUCUCCCUCCUCGUCUCCCGCAACCCCCUCUCCCUCCCGGGCACCUCCCCCGCUGCGCUGGCCCGUGAGAGCGUUCCAGCUGUCGCUGUGGUAACCGCAGUGGACCGGGCCGUUCCGGCCGCUGCGGUUGGCGUGGCGGCGGCCUGGGGGCGGGCGGCAGGGGCGAUGGCGGAGUGGGCUCCAGGGGUGCAGCAGGGCAACACUGGUGGUGAUGGCGGUACAGGUGGUGCUGGCAGCAUGGGUGGCUCUGGUAGCCCGGCUGCUGCUGGUCCUACGGACAGCAGCAGCAGCAAUGGCACUGGCUCAGGUGGUGAUGGCAGCACUGGCGGUGCUGGUUCUACAAGCAGCAGUGACAGCACUGGGUCUGGUUCUAAUAGUUCUGGUACCACUGGUGGUGAUGGCAGCACAACUGGUGCUGGGAACACGAGUGGUGUUGGCUCUACAGGCUCCAGCGGCAGCAGCGCAAAUAGCGGUGACAGUGCAGCAGUAGCAGCAUCAGCAGCAUCAGCAGCAUCAGCAGCAGCAGCAGCAGCAUCAGCAGCAUCAGCAGCAUCAGCAGCAUCAGCAGCAUCAGCGGCAGCAGAGAGGAGCAGCAGGGGAGUGCAGGCGGGGAUCGCAAUAGACAGGGCAAAGGCGGUGGAGCUGCAGUGUGUGGUGGACGCCAUGCCCUAUGCCUAUGCGUGGAAGCAGGUUCUCUCCGAUGGCACUCUCCUCGACCUCAAUGUGACGAACCAGCCGUUGGUGCUGCGGCCAUCACAGCUCGCCCGGGGCGAUGCCUCCACCUACCGCUGCGACGUCUACUCACUGCCACUCCCCUCGCCCUCCUCCCGCGCCUCCCUCGCCUCCUCCCUCACGCCCGACGGCCAGCCCGCCACAGCCAUCCCUGCCAACCCCCCCCAGCCCACCACGUCCGCCUCGCUCACCCUCCCUGCCGCCAAGGCGCCCUGGGGAGGAACGUUCCUCGUGCAGCCCGCCCCCGGGGACACCAGCGGGCAGCUCUUUACUCUCUCCGCGCCUGGCUGGUCCGCCCAGCCCCAGGACCUGCCUCUCUCCUACACCUUCGCCACCCUGCAGCCUGCCUCCACCCCUUCCCCUGCCUCCCCCUCCCCCUCCUCCCCUGCACCGUCCGCUACAUCCCUGCAGCCACUCACGCUGCCCUGCGCCUCGCCCGCGGCCCUCAUCAUCCUCCCCCCCGGCAAGUCGUCCCUGGCAGUGCGAGUGGCCUCUGCUGCCGGUGCUGUCACGGACGCCGUGGCCCCCCAACCCGUCACCGUGCCCUCCACUGGCGCGGCUGGAAGGUCAGGGUCGGGAGUGCGGGGAGAGGAGGGCACAGGAGGCGAGGGCGGGGAGGAGCUGUCAUCGGAGCAGUGGCUGGCAGCGGUGGCGGCGCCGGCAGCAGCACGGGGGGAUGGCGCGCAGCUGCUGCAGGCCGUGGCUGCAUGGGCCGCCAUGUUCAGAGGCAACGCCUCCUCCCUUGCUGCCAGCAGCAGUGGCUCGGACGCUCAAGUGGACAUGCUUAUAAAGGAGGUGAUUCAACAGAGCAGCACAAUAGUGGUGUCAUCGCAAUACGCUGAGCUGGCAGCAUGCAGCCUGGCCGCACUCUCUCCCCUCCCCGCCAGCCUCGCACCAUCCACAUCAGCAGCACUGGUUGACUUUCUUGACUCGCUCACAGCUGCACCGGACGGCAUCUCCUCCCGCGCUGGUCAUUGCAUAGUCACGCUCACGUCCGACCUCCUCGCACUCUCCCCCCCACCCGUAGCCUCUACCUCCUCCGCUGCUCCUGCCACCACCGCUGCCGCUCCUGCCACCCAGAAUGCCUCUCCCACAUCAGCCGCCGCCCCCCCUCAACCUGCUUCCCCCUCUCAACGCACCAUCGCCCUUCAAGUCACCGCCUCUCAACCUGCCUCCCCCUCUCAAACUCCCUCCGCGCCGCAACCAGCUGCUACAACACUAUUCCAGCUGCCAGGCAGGGUGGCGGCGGCAGUGCUGUCCCAUCAGACGCCAGGCGCAGUCUUCCAAGCCUCCUCCACCAAUGUCAACCUCUCCGCCGCUAAAGUGCGCCGCAUGGCAUCGCCAUCACAGCAGGGCGAGUUCGCAGCACUGCUGCCAGCUGCCUCGCUCGCACUGAACGCCACGGACGCCCGUCUGCCCACCGGCACGGCCUACAUCGCUGCCUUCUACGCCUUCUCUGCUAACCACCCGCUCGGCCUCUCAAGUCGAGUGGUGGGGCCGCCAGUGGUGGUGAGGGCAGUGGACGCAUCUCUCUCGGACCUCAACGUGUCGGCGUGUGUCAGCAUGCUCUCUUCCCCACAGCCUGCCAUGG